UGCAGAAGACACAUUCGACUAAAAAUUCUAAAAUUUCAAUAAGCAAAGAAGAUAUUCUAAGUUCUGGCUGUAUUCUGGAGCGUUUCCUCAUGGGCGUCGCAAUUCACACACGUCACGGAUUCCGCCGAAGGAGUCGAUAAUUAAAACUGAACUUUUGGAUCGGAGAUAUGAAGACGCGCGCUGCAUUUUCCUUGGCGGAGAUGCACAGCUCUGACACUAGACAAUAUUAUACACUCGAAGGGAACGCGUUUCGCCGGAAGAAUAAAUAAUUACAAAUGGUAUUCGUCAGUGAACAUUUUCAAACUGGGAACAAUAUAUCAUAAGCAGAUUGAAAUGUGUGAACGUUUCAGUGUUUUGAAGACUAAGUUUCGUAGCAGAUUUUGAUUCCGUCACGGGAUUGGGAAAACCUAAGACAAUAUAAUUUUUCGGGGAAGGCGUCCCAGGCAGCGCUGGCUAUAGGACGGCUCAUGCCCAACCUUGGAGGACCCUCACAGUUUAAGAGAACGCUGCUAAUGUUUGUGGUGAACAGCAGACUGCUGUACGCCUGUCCAACGUGGGCGGAAAGAGCAUGCAAGUACGCUAUCUGUCGAAACCUUAUGAUCCGGGCACAGAGGAUUGCGGCUCUCAGAGUCACGAGGGCGUACCGCACCGUCUCGGCUGAGGCAGCCUUAUUCCUGGCGGGAACUCCUCCGGGUGAUCUUCUUGCUUCGGAACGCAAAAGAGUCCGAAGUAAACUUGACGAUCCGGACAGAGCUGAUUCAAAGGAUGAGAUCCGGAGAGCAGAGCAAGACAUCUUGCUUGCUGCCUGGUCGAACAGAUGGAGUCGGGGCGUUAGAGGAGCCUGGACGCGCACGAUUCUUCCGGACCUGAUAAGAUGGACGAAAAGAUGCCCCAAAGACCUCACGUUUCAUGUAACGCAGGCCCUUACGGGACACAGGUGUUUCAGGUACUACCUACACAGGAUGAAGCGCGCCCCUGAUGCGGCUUGCCUGUACUGCCAACACCCUGAGGACACUGCGGAACACACGAUAUUUGAUUGUGCUUACUGGGAUCCGCUUCGGCUGCCAGUGAAGAUGUUUGUUGGUAACCGAAAUAUAACCCCGAGAGACGUCCAGGAUUUGUUGUGUGGCUCCUCUGAUGUCCCGUUCAGCGAGAACGACCGGCUACGGGCUGCCUCCCAACGUGCCACUCAGUCCUUUUAUGACAAGGUUGACAACAUUUUAAGCUGCAAGGAGCAUGAUGAAAGGAUAGCUGAGACCGAACGAAGAGCGAAUGCAGUGGCAGCCGCUCCAACUGACUGA